AUGUCUGUGCGCUACAGGAUUAUCAGUGGUGAUCCUCAAAGCUUCUUUUUAAUCGAUCCAAAAACAGGUUAUGUGGUAACUCGCGGAAGACGUCGCCUUGACCGUGAAACCCAAAAAGAGUACGUUAUUACGGUUGAGAUAUGUGACCAGGGUGAUCCGAUACUCUGUAGUACCGUACCCAUUGUUAUUGCGGUCAAUGAUCUGAACGAUAAUUCGCCCUAUUUCAAGCAAUCCGCCUUCCGUUUUAUUGUACCGGCUGGCGAAGUUGGCGAGCUUUGCAGGCAGGCAUUACUUCAGUUUCAUUUGGUAUCAGCUAGGAGACAUUAA